ACAGGAGCAACAUCUGAGCCCCAAACCACCACCCCCUCUUUCUCGGCCACAUUUGAGCCUCACACCCCCCUCUCAUCCCCUGGACAUACACACUCAGAUUCACAGCUGAGUGGGAGUGGAAUUUAUGCGUCUUGUACAGAUUUUGCAGGCUUCUCUGUGUUUGUGAAUGACUGGGUCGGACUGUGUGUGAGUGUGUGUGUGUGUGCGCGUGAGUAUGUUUGUGUGGGGGUAUUGAAGUGGGUCGUACAGGACAACUGGAGGAGCGAAAGCCAAACCUAGCAGAGGAGAGAUGAUCCAAGCGUGCACACCUCAGCACCCAGCAUGAUGCUUUCUCUGCAUCCGCCUCCAGUUCAAGCACAAAGCAUCUCAAGGAACAACAGGAUGGGAGGCGACUGAGGCAGCUUCUGCAUAGCAUCACUCCACUCCGCCAGCUGUCCAUCAUGCAAGGCUUGGGGCUUUUUCAAGGACCUGCGAGGGAUUUUUAGAUCUUUUUAGUUGGUUUUUUUUUACAUUGUUAUAUCCUUGCCCCUUCCAGUCGAUACCUGUGUGCUUCAGGUUCGAGCAGACUUCAGAGGACCAGCGGUGUGGGGAGAAUGCAGGACCAUGGAGGAGAGAGACAAGUCGCCGGCAGUCUGCCGCACAGCGUUAAGGCCAGCCUGUCCCUUUCUCCAACUGGGCCAGGACGGGUGGGCAGCGGUGGUGGCUCUCCCACGUCCAAAACGGCCCCCUGCAGUGGAGGGGUGCCCGUGGAGGACAUGCAAGCCCUGGCCAUCACCUCACUCUCUGCAGCCGAUGUAGCCAAACAGUUUGAGCACAUCCGCGAGCUGGGCAAGGGCACCUAUGGCAAAGUGGACCUGGUGGGUCACAGAACGCAGGGUACCAAGAUGGCGCUGAAAUUUGUCACCAAAAACAAGACAAAGCUGAAGAGUUUCCUGCGGGAAUUCAGUCUAACGGGCUCACUUAGUUCCAGUCCGUUUAUCAUCAAAGUCCUGGACGUGCUUUUCGAGACGGAGGACAGCUAUGUAUUUGGACAAGAGUAUGCCCCCGCUGGGGACCUUUUCGACAUCAUUCCCCCACAGGUGGGCCUGCCAGAGGAAAUGGUGAAACGCUGCAUGCAACAACUUGGUUUGGCCCUGGAUUUCAUGCACAGUAAAAACUUGGUGCACCGCGACGUCAAGCCAGAAAACGUUCUGCUGUUCGACCGUGAGUGUCGCCGCAUCAAGCUGGCCGACUUCGGCAUGACCCGCCGAGUGGGCUCCCGCGUGAAAAGGGUGAGCGGCACCAUUCCCUACACGGCGCCCGAGGUGUGCCGCGCCAGCCGCACCGAGGGCUUCCUGGUGACCACCAGUCUAGACGUGUGGGCUUUCGGCGUGCUGGUCUUCUGUAUGCUGACGGGCAACUUCCCCUGGGAGGCGGCGCUCCCGGCCGACACGUUCUAUGAGGAGUUCAGGCGCUGGCAGAAAGCGGGGUGCCCGGUGGGGACGUACCCGUCGCAGUGGCGCCGCUUCACCGACGACGCCCUGCGCAUGUUCCAGAGGCUCCUCGCUGCCGAGCCAGAAAAGCGUUGCGGGGUCAAAGACGUCUUCUGUUUUGUCAAAUACGAGCUGGUGAGUGAGCUCCGGCGCAGAGCGUCCUACCGGGCCAAGAGAGGCGAAAGGUCGAGCUCGGGGGUGUGCACCGGCAACUGCACCUCAUCAUCUUCUUCCUCCUCGCACGCCACCCACAACAGACAACCAGAGCCUUCCACGCCUCCUGGAAGCUCCCGCCUUCGCCCGGCACCUCUCAAACGGAGCGUUCUCUCCGAUCCGUUGUCACCCAGAGAGGAGUCUGGACAGCACCAGUCUCCGGGCCGGGACAAGAACAAAAGCCAGAUGGUCAUGGCGACUGCCAUUGAAAUCUGUGUGUGACCACACUUGAUGGCUUUUCACAGGGAAAGAAAUGUGUGAAGGGACUCCUGGUAAUGAAAUCUGUGUGGGACCAUACUUGAUGGCCUUCCACAGUAAUGGCGAGGUGUGAAGGGACUCCAGGUAAUAAAGAGAAGCUCCGAAUCAGUCACCAUCAAGCAGGUUGGACCUGGACUGUCUAUUUUAGGGCCACGGCCAAAGAAGGAUGAAGAUCUUCUGCAGACUUGAAAGCACAUUCCUGACAAGCGUUUUAUCAGUCGACACAACAUGGUGGUGCUAAGAUCACAUGAUACAUGACCAGGACUCCUCCUCACAGGGGUGUCCAAAGUGCGGCCCGGGGUCCAAUUUUUUUUCUUCUAUUGCCACUGGACAGAUUGUAAAAUUAAAACAUUCAUUCAUUGUUAGAUAUGUUCUUAGUAGUGCUGUUACACGAUUCUUUUUUUUAAAUUUACAGCACCUUUAAGUUUGGAUUAAUCAUGAUUAAUCACAUGUUUUACCCGCUAGCAUAAUUUCAAUGAAUUUACGAAUGCAUUUUAAUUUAAAAAAGACCACAACAUUUGGACACAAAUGUAUUGUUGCAAAAGAUUAUUAUUCCUCUUCUAUACAUACAUCCAAUCUUUCAGAAGCUCAAGAUUGGAUCGGAUUUCCAUUCUUGGGGUGAUGAUUCGGUUCAGAAUCGAGUCUCAAUUUAACACUUAGACUUACACAAACUUUAUUGAUCCACAAGGGAAAUUGUUCAACACAGUAGCUCAGUUACAAAGGAUGGAAAGGGUAAGGUUGGAAAGGAAAAUGCAGGUAUAAAGUAGACUAAAGAUGUACCAUAGUAGCAAUAUAAAAUAUAACAUAUAUGUGGCCUAUAUCAGUGGCCUAGUGGUUAGAGUGUCCGCCCUGAGAUCGGUAGGUUGUGAGUUCAAACCCCGGCCGAGUCAUACCAAAGACUAUAAAAAUGGGACCCAUUACCUCCCUGCUUGGCACUCAGCAUCAAGGGUUGGAAUUGGGGGUUAAAUCACCAAAAUGAUUCCCGGGCGCGGCCACCGCUGCUGCCCACUGCUCCCCUCACCUCCCAGGGGGUGAUCAAGGGUGAUGGGUCAAAUGCAGAGAAUAAUCUCGCCACACCUAGUGUGUGUGUGACAAUCAUUGGUACUUUAACUUUAACUUUUUUAAUAUAAACAUAUUAUAUAUACAUUAUAUAAUAUAUACUGAUAUAUUAUAUUAUUAUAUUAUAUUAUAUUUGUAUAUAAUAUAUACAAUAUAUAACAAAUCCCAAUUACCAUGUACAAUAUUACAGGAUAUGUAACAGCUGCAGCAAAAAAAACAACAACACAAUUCUUGAUUCCAACCUAUUCUCGCAAUGUAUUAUUUGGCAUACUUAUUAAUAGUAAUAAAAACUUUUCAAACGAGGUUACAGGUUACGUAACUUCCUUUUACAGGUAAAAUAACUUCCUUUUGGUUGCUGACGUAUAAGCACAGCUUAUGAGUAUUUUUUUAAAUUGAUUCUUUAAAAAAAACAAAAACAUUUUUUUAUCGAUUUUUUAAAAUUUUGAAUCUAUUUGGAAUCAGAAUAAAUAAGGGUAACACUUUAGUAUGGGGAACAUAUUAUAAGUAGCAAAUACUUAAUUUAGAGUUAUUUGGACACUACUGAAACAUAUUCUAAGUAAUGAAGACUUAAUUUAGAGUUAUUUGGUUAGGGUUAGGGUUAUUUGGUUAGGGUUAACACUUUAGUAUGGGGAACUUAUUCACCAUUAAUUAGUUGCUUAUUAACAUGCAAAUUAGGAACAUAUUUGUCAGGGUAUAUUGGUGACGAACCCCAAGAUGCAGAGAUGACGGCAGGCAUUGAGCGAGAAAACAUGAUUUAAUUUAACACUAUCGCAAAAAAACAAACAAAAGGGUACAAACAAAAGGCGCGCACAAGGCGGAGAACAAACUUGGCUAUGAACUAAAAUAGCAUAAAGGCUAACUGUCGACAAGAAACAAAAACACUUACCGUGACACGAAGGAACUAUGACAUGAGCAGAGUGAACAAAAGUAGACAGAGCUACAACGACAAGUAUUAUGAUAGGUAGUAGUGACAUCGACCAUGACAAUAAUCCAGCACUGACUGGAGGGGAAGGCAGGUUUAAAUAGCAGCUGGCUGAUUGACACCAGGUGUGGCCAGGUGCCAAUCAAUCACAGCUAAGGGGACAGUACUCAGAGAGAACAACAGGAAACUGAACCAAAAUAAGAGUGCUGACAGGAAAUAAAACAAACACAGAGGAAAAACUAAAACUGAACCAAACUCUCAGGGACAAGCCUGACAAUAUUGGCUCUUAACUAGUCAUUAUUAAGUACUUAUUAAUGUUUCCCAUACUAAAGUGUUACCUAAAUGUAGUCAUUAUUAAGUACUUAUUAAUGUUCCCUAUACUAAAGUGCUACCUAAAUAAGAUUAUUUUAUAGCAUCCCCAAUGAUUAAUGCAAUAUAUUUUUGGAAAUAAUCGCAUGAUUUGCCUGCUCAGUGGCCUUGUGGUUAGAGUGUCCGCCCUGAGAUCGGUAGGUCGUGAGUUCAAACCCCGGCCGAGUCAUACCAAAGACUAGAAAAAUGGAACCCAUUACCUCUCUGCUUGGCACUCAGCAUCAAGGGUUGGAAUUGGAGGUUAAAUCACCAAAAUGAUUCCCGGGCGCGGCCACCUCUCACCUCCCAGUGGGUGGAACAAGGGGAUGGGUCAAAUGCAGAGAGUAAUUUCACCACACCGAGUGUGCGUGCGACUAUCAGUGGUACUUUGAUUUAAGUUUUUAUUUCCGACAGCCCAAGUUAUUACAUAUUACACUAAUUCUCUUUGUCACCUAUAACACAAAGCUAACGUGGAUGUUUUGUCCAGCUUGCUUAGAUAGUACACCAGUUUUCUUUUAGCAUAUUUAAUGUACAAAAUGUAUGAAAGUGCCCCCCCCCGUUCAGCCAAUUGACGGGCCCUGGCUGGACAAAAGUUUGGACACCCCUGAUCAAAGACAUCCGGUGCGUUCCCAACAAAAAAAGUAGCAGAUCGUAAGGGACAUGUUGUCAUGUAGACUAAAAGACUCACCUCAGGACCCUCCAGUGGAUCACUUCCUGUUUUGUUAGAAUCCAUUCCAGUAAAUCUAUUGUGUUGGACUGCUGGGACUGUACAUUGUUACAGCACAAUGUACAAUGUUCUACUUGUGAGUGUGUGUGUUUCCAACACUGAAAAAGCACAAGAUGUUUUUAAAGGGUACUCAAUAUUGUAGAUAGAUUUGGUAUUUAAAAAAAAAAAGUGCUCUGUACUAUCAGGUAGUUCGACGAUGUAGCUGUAUCUCUUUUGCUAAAAUCAGGGGUUUUAGGUCACUUGUCAGGUCACUGCAAUGUAUGUAGCAACUCAACAUGACAUGGCAGAAUGUACAGUAUAGAGAAUAUUAUUACAGCCUAUGAUGACGUUUCAAUGCCGUAGCUGCUACGUUUCCUUCUACUUUGCUCUGUUUAGCUGAAUUAGUGGUCAUGAAGUGGCCAAAUUGGUUGGUUGACAGACAGAAUGAAUCACUGUAGUAUUAAUGUUGGCGUUUAUGUUGUAAAAUGGUUCAGUGGUGCACUUUGGUACAAUUUCUGGCACCACUGAUCGGUACAGUUGAGGAGGCUUUUUAACAAAACAAUUGAUACCCUUUAAACGUGUACCGUAAAUGGAAAGCUGUAGUAUAUGUUCUCAUCAGCUAGUUAAAGGGGAACAUUAUCACAAUUUCAGAAGGGUUAAAACCCAUUAAAAAUCAGUUCCCAGUGGCUUAUUUUAUUUUUCGAAUUUUUUUUUCAAAAUUUUACCCAUCACGCAAUAUCCCUAAAAGAAGCUUCAAAGUGCCUGAUUUUAACCAUCGUUAUAUACACCCGUCCAUUUUCCUGUGACGUCACACAGUGAUGCCAAUACAAACAAACAUGGCGGAUAGAACAGCAAGGUAUAGCGACAUUAGCUCGGAUUUCAGCGGCUUAAGCGAUUCAACAGAUUACGCAUGUAUUGAAACGGAUGGUUGUAGUGUGGAGGCAGGUAGCGAAAACGAA